GUUCAUCCUUCCUCUAGAUUUAGCUUGAUCAGUCGACGGUCUGAAAAGCAAAAGAACAAAAAACAAAGGUAAACUAAUCAGCGUUGAUGGGCUGCGUGGACCUCUGUUACCGUGAACGACGCCACAGGAAAAAGCUCAAGCAAUUCCAGAGGGUGGAGAUAAAAGUGAAGAUGGACUGCGAAGGGUGCGAGAGACGGGUGAGGAAGUCGGUGGAAGGCAUGAAAGGAGUCACAAAAGUCACCGUCGAUCCUAAACAGAGCAAACUAACGGUCGAGGGAUUCGUCCAACCUAACAAAGUGGUACAACGGGUGAUGCAUCGGACUGGGAAGAAGGCGGAGCUGUGGCCUUACGUGCCUUACGAGGUGGUGCCACACCCUUACGCACCUGGUGCCUACGACAAGAAGGCCCCUCCUGGCUACGUUCGCAAUGGACUCGCCGACCCUCUUGUGGCCCCGCUUGCUCGUGCCAGCUCCUUCGAGGUCAAAUACACCUCUGCCUUCAGUGAUGACAAUCCCAACGCUUGCACCAUCAUGUGAUCAAUUCCUAGCUCAUGUACAUGACCAUCAUGUCUUUUUUUUAUGUGUAAUUUACACUGUUUUUAAGUAUCACAAGUCGGUUUAAAGGGUA